AAGAGGACGAGUGAGGAGAGAACGAGGUUAACCUGCAGCAGAGAGAGAGAGAGAGAGAGAGAGAGAGACGGGACAGACGAGGGAGAGAGGAAAAGGAGGUUACCACGGCAACUCGGGGGACGUUGCUGCAGCGGCGAGGACACAGGUUGAAGAGAUGAUGAGAUGGAGGAUAGACCUGAUACUCUGACCCACAUCAAAGACUAUUGAUGAGCACUUUCAUGGGUACCAGAAGGUUGCGGGACCCUUUUUGCAAAUAGCAAAGCCCCACGGAAAAGGAAGGAGCAGGACUUUUGGGUGACUUGAGUUGUUAAGAUGUCUCAGGCAGGUAAAGUCCUUCAUCUGUACGUUGAGGUGAGGUCUGUUCCUGAGGAGGAAGGAAAGGUGCUGGAAAGAGGUGAUAACGGGACCAGUCACCUGUUGCUUUCAAGCCCAGACGUCCUCCCUCAUUCCCAGAGGAGCUCCACUCACUCCACUCCCAAUCGCAGCCCAGAUCUUUCCCCAAUCACUCGGCAUCACACUGGAUGUGGGAGCCACAGCUUACCCCCUUCAAAGUCCUCAUCCAGGCACUCAGUCAGCUUCCAACUCCAAAACCCUGAUGCAACAGGAUCUCCCACCCAGUUCCAUCGGCAGGAUGUGUUGUAUGACAGUUUUUCUCAGUUACUCCAGGUCAUUUCACCUGGAACAACUGGUCCUGGCCUGCCUGGCUCCCUGGGAAACACCUGCUCUUCGGACAUGGAUCCCUACAGGGGAAGGGUGUUAACCUCGCCAUCUUCUACUUCCUCGGAGAGGCUUACUGUACCAACCACACCCACCAACAACCGCAGGUCCUAUGAGGUCCCAGGCAUGGGGGAUGAGGGGGGGAAGACGUCUGUAGUGACCUUUGGCUACAUAGAGAAGUCUAACAUUAACAGCAUGGGCAGCCAGCGUACUUCUGUGUGCCAAAGUGAGUUGGACAUCCCUUUUAAUAUAAAGGAGGGUCAGCCGCUACACGCCCACCUCCGGAAGAGGCUGAGUGACCCAGUGUGGUACAAUGGUAAGCCAGGACAGGGUGACCCUUACACUAAUCACCCCUACUCAUCUCAGAGUCAGUCCCCACGGGGCUCGCCUUACCUUCAGAGGGCAACUCUGGAUGCAGUAGCCAGAGAUGCCAACUACAGGGCCUUGGGGGAGUUUGGGUCCCCAGAACUCAGACGACGAUUUGCGAGUCAUGGCCCAGAGAAUUGCAGCCCCACUCUACCACGGCACUAUCAGUCCCCUCGCUGUCGAUCUUUGGGGGGGUCACCGGUUCUACCUCGCAGAACCCGCACCCUGCCAGCCAAAGCCCAGCUCUUGGAGCUGGACAGGGGAAUCUGCCGCAGUUCAGUGAAUGGACUACCCAGAAGUCCUGCCUCUGACCACCUGUGUGCCCACAGUGGAUACUCGUCCCACUCAGUGACUCCAACCUCAACACUAUGCUCACAUGUCCUGCCUCAGAGCCAGCAGAGGCCAUGGACAGGUGAUGACAGCCCCAGGUUGUCCAGCAAAUUCCACCCACCUUUACCUGCGGGGAGACCCACAGACAUCCAGCAUGAGAUCCCAACUUGCAUAAACUCCACCGGCAACAAGCCCAGAACUGGCUACCAAACAAAUCGGAGCUCCCACCACAGUGUUGAUAUUAGCUAUGAUGCUACAGACGGAAUAGAGUACAGUGCUAACAAUAUCUCAAACUUCCACAGCAAGAGUCACUACAAACCGUUACGCUGCAGUAGCAGAACCAGUGAUGCAGGCAGCCCGACCAGUGUCAGGAGAAGUGUCUCCCCAUCCUUAAAUACUGAAGUGGCUUGUGAGUUAGCUGUGGAGGCUACCAAACUCUCCGCUAUGUUUGCCGGCAGACGGAAUUACUCUCCAACUCCUUCUCCAGCUGAAUCGGUGAGGUCAGAGAGUCCCAAGAUGGGAAGGUCAUUCCUAGGAGAAUCCCAAUCAUACGCGUCUCUUAAAGAGCGAAAAUCCCCUGAGCAUCUGCAGUUGGAAAACCAGAACCGCAGAUGGAAAACCGACAAACCAAUGCUUCAAUCCAGAGAAGGAUGUGUAUCACCCCUCCUGUCCCAGACAGGCCUCCCUUCCCUAGCAUCUCCAGCUUUACCGGCUAGGUUGCACCGAGGUUUUGCUUCUCAGUCACCAGUUUUAGACCCACGGCAGCAACGGAGUUCAUCACUCGGUAAAGAAAUGUCAACCCUGCAUCGCUACCGGCCACCACAGUACACCGGAGACUGUAAACCACCUGGCAUGGAGCAAAGUCAGUAUGAUAAUCUUUUUGAUAAAACUGGGGCUAGCCCUGAACUCCACUGGAGACUUCUCUCCAACCAAAACACAGAAGCAUUGCCCUUGAGUUGGACCUCCGGGGACCAGGAGUGGAGGGAGACUGGACCAUUCCAGGACCGGGACAAACUCUAUGAUGAAGACUGUAGAGAGGCAACCUGUAUAAUUUACACUCAAAGCAAAGGGGAGACUCACAGGAAGGACAGAGAAGACGAAGGAGUUAAGACGUCAGUGCAGGGGAACCAGAGGUCAGUUGUAGGCGUAUCUAUGGAUCAGAGAGAGGAGGUUCAGGAUCACAGCGGGGCCACUGGGUCGUCCUCUCAGAGCUCCAGCGGUGUGACGGGCAGCAUGGGAGAAAGUUCCCAGCUGGACAGAAAUGACGGUCUCUUCCCUGAAACGUCCAGCCAGUCCAGCCACGAUACGACCGACACUGGCUCUGGGAUACAGUCGGACAGUGGCUCAGCAUCGACUCCGUCUGCGCGGUCGCAGAGAAUCGCCCGAGCCAAGUGGGAGUUCCUGUUUGGAGGCGGGAGGGAGGAGCAUCACUGCAGCAAAGCAGACGUUUCAUCCCCGACGCCCCCGGCCAGCGGCUCGCCAAGCCCCACCCCUCCCUCGUCCCUACAUCUGAAGCCAGCCACUCAGAGAAGGGGGCGGGACAGAGAGGGUCGGAGGUCGUCACAUCACAAAGUGCGGCAGAUUGAGGUGGAGCUAGUGACCCCCGACCCCCGAGGCACCAACCCCAGGACAGGAAUCAUCCGCCGAACCAUCAAAUACUCUGAGACGGACCUGGACGCCAUUCCGCUGCGCUGCUACAGGGAGACCGACCUGGACGAGGUGAUGCGGGCGGAGGCCGAAGUAGCAGAGGAGGCGGACUCGGCCUUUGGGAGUAACCGCAGCGUCCUGGGAAACUCCAGCUUCGGCCCCGGUGACGCCUCCCCGAAACCCCGGACAGGUGGAGGGAGGGACGGGGAGGAAGAGGAGGAAGAGGAAGAGGAGGAAGAGGAGGAGGAGGAGGGAGUGGUGAGCUGGGCCAGUGUUCGGAUGCUGGGAGACAAACAGAGACAAAGAGCUGCCAGAGAGGAGGACGAGGUUUUCAGUCUGCUGCUGAAGGGGCCACUGGAGGUGUCCGACAACCAAGGCGGCCUCAAGUCUCCGAUCUCCGUCGGCAGCCCCCGCCGACCCUCCGACGGUAACCUGGACUCCUUCAGCCACCAUUUUGAGAACAUCAUGGAGUCUCACCGGGCCAAGGGCACCUCGUACAGCAGCCUGGACAGCGUCGACCUGCUGACCUCCGGAUCCACGUCCGUGUUCACCUUCGACCUGCCGACCCUCACCCCCGAGAUCCAGAGUCAGAUCUGUGACAGCGCCAAGCAGAUCAUCGAGCUGAGCUUCGCCCCGCUGGCCCGUCCCGACCCGGCCACCACCUCGGACACAUCUCGCUCCGAGAUCACCCUCAGUGCCUCAGGGGCCGGGCUGCGAGGGGGCUCCAAAGACGACACCGGCCCCCCGGUGCGGUCUAGGUCCGAGAAAGACUCGUGUCGCCGCUCCAACCUGAAAGACGGCUUCAGGAAGGCGAGCUCGGCCCCGUCGCUCCACAGCAGCCCCAGUAACGCCUCCUCAGACCCGAGGUGUCGAUGUGGAUGUUGUUCGAUUGGCGGCUGCUGUCGGCCACAGGCUGGGCGUGAGAGUGGGCGGGGCCACGUCACCAUGGCGAGCUACCUGCUGUGCUGGGGGGGCGGGGCUCUGGAGGACAGGUACAUGUACGCCCCUCCCUACCCAGCCGUGUACAGGGAGCGUCUGGUGAACCGGCCUCCCGAGCUGCUGUACCCGCAGGCCGACGUGGCGGAGCGCCUGGCGCUCGGUUGCAGCGACGAUGCGUUGGCCAACGGCACCAAGGCCGACCUGCAGGCCGCCAAGCGUCUCGCCAAGCGCCUGUACCACCUGGACGGCUUCAGGAAGUCUGACGUGGCCCGACACCUCGGCAAGAAUAACGAGUUCAGCCAGAAGGUGGCGGAGGAAUAUCUGAGAAAUUUUAACUUCACCGGUCUGACCAUCGACCAGGCGCUCAGGUCGUUCCUGGGACACUUUGCUCUGAUUGGAGAAACUCAGGAGAGAGAGAGAGUCCUCGCUCACUUCUCCAGGAGAUACAGACGAUGUAACUCUGAGAGAGUGAACACUGAAGACAGCGUCCACACUCUGACCUGUGCCGUGAUGCUGCUGAACUCUGACCUUCAUGGAAACAACGUGGGGAAGAGGAUGUCCUGCAGUCAGUUCGUCUCCAACCUGGAAGGUCUGAACGAUGGGAAAGACUUUCCUAAAGAUCUGCUAAAGUCUCUCUACAGUUCCAUCAAGAACGAGAAGCUGCAGUGGACCAUCGACGAAGAGGAGCUGAGGAAGUCGAUGUCGGAGCUGGCCGACGUCCGAACAGACUCCGCCUCCCACACCAUGAAACGACUGGGGACCGGAGGGAACCCGCUGGUGGGCGUGGCCCAGCAGGUCGACGGCGAGCUCUACAAGAACGGCUUCCUGGUCCGCAAGGUCCACGCCGACCCCGACGGAAAGAGAACGCCGCGGGGAAAGAGGGGCUGGAAGUCUUUCUACGCGAUGCUGAAGGGCCUGGUGCUCUACCUGCAGAAGGACGAGUACCGCGCUGAGCGAGACUUGACGGAGGAGGACGUGAAGAACGCCGUGUCCAUCCAUCACUCUCUGGCCAUGAGGGCGGCCGACUACAGCAAGAGGCCCAACGUGUUCUACCUGCGGACGGCCGACUGGAGGGUGUUCCUGUUCCAGGCUCCGAACGCCGAACAGAUGCAGUCGUGGAUCACGCGCAUCAACGUGGUGGCGGCCAUGUUCUCGGCUCCGCCUUUCCCGGCGGCGAUCGGCUCUCAGAAGAGAUUCAGUCGCCCUCUGCUGCCGGGAUCCAACACCAAACUGUCGCAGGAGGAGCAGGUGAAGUCUCACGAGAGCCGCUUCAGGGCGGUUUCCUCCGAGCAGGCUGAGCUCACGGCCUCGCCGCUGGACCGCAAGGUCAGAGGUCGUGAGUUGGAGGAGCAGAAACUCCGACAGGAAUAUCUGGAGUUUGAGAAAACCCGUUACGGUACGUACGCCAUGCUGCUGCGGGCCAAGCAGUCGAGCGGAGACGAGGACCUGGCGACCUUCGAGUCACGACUGUUCGACGACGGCGGCCUGCAGAGGGCGCACUCCAGCCCCACGCUGCCUCAGGACGCCGCCAACAAGGAGAAGAUCCGGUGCACUAAGACGUCGAAGAGCCUGAAGGUCACAUCGUCUUCGUCGCCCUCAACCACGAAGAGCAGCAGCAGGAAGAAGAACGGGAACGAGCCGCACCAACAGAGCGGCCACCAGGAGGAGGCGCCGUAAGGCGGCGACCGUCAGCACAGAGCAUCAUGGGUAGCAGGCUGACGUCCUCCGUUAAACCUUUUUCUGUUAAACCUCAGUCGGAUUGCGAUUGGCUGAGCCGAGCGGAGGCGUUCAAGGUCUGGAGACGCUCGUCACUGAGCAGGAAGCAGCUGAAGACGACUGCUGAGUUUUACAACAAAAGCUUUAUAUUCUGUUCGAACUUCAUUUCAGGGACAAAGUUUCAACAUCAACAACUAUUGAGUUUGACACCAGAACAAAUCCAGAACCUUUCUGGAUCUUCCAGGAGCCUGCAGGAGGGUCCUUGAGGACCCUCCAGGAUCCUCACGGACCCUCCAGGACCUUCCAGGACCUUCCAGGACCCUCCAGGACCUUCCAGGACCCUCCAGGACCGUCCGGGUUCAGGUCUUGUUUGUUGGUACUUCUAUGUUUCUCUGUCAGAGAUACUGACCUCCUGCGUCGCUAUCGCUCUGCUUCUCCUAGCGACCGAAUGGUGAGCAGGUUGCCAUGCCAACCACACAUGACAGACACAGUGCGUGGGAGUGUUGCCGCAGCGACCAAGAAAGGUGGGGGGGUGAGACUAACUCCCCAGAACAAACUAACAGACGAACAGAAAAAAAACUCCCCCCCUGUGUGUGUGUGUGUGUGUGUGUGUGUGUGUGUGUGUGUGUGUGUGUGUGUGUGUGUGUGUGUGUGUGUGUGUGUGUGUGUGUGUGUUUGGUGCGCGUGUGUGUGUGCGUGGACGGAGGUUCAUCAGUGACCAAACUACUGAGCGACAAGUUCUGAGAAUCUGAACAAUGAAGGAAAUUAAGUCUAAAAGUCACAAUAAACAAUAUGAACUGAAACUUUAAUAUUCAAAACCUGUAAAAUAAAACAUACUAUAGAAUAUUGUAUAAACACAGGAAGUGACUGACAUCAGCUCAUAUUAAUUAUGAUCUUUAUGUUUGAUAAACAUCCAGAAAAACAGGGUAGUUAUUUUGAAUGUUGAUGAAUCUUCUGAUCAUUUUGUCAUAAGUCUGGACCAACGAGCUGAAACGCGUGAAAUCAUCAGAUCAAUGAAUCGAUGUGUCUGAUCGAUCUGAACUUCUCUCUCAGUAGUUUUGUCUUUAACUUCUGACGUUUUCUCUCUGAUGCUGGAAAUUGAAUAUUGUUUGAAUCUGUCCGUGUAAAGUUCAUGUAAAGUGAUUAAUGAUCAGUUUAUUGAUCCAUCGAUCGAUCGGAGGAAGUUGUUUGAUCAUGUGAUCAUCCUCUGUCUUCAUGCAGCUGAUCUGGAUGCAGUGACGUCCUGCUGCCACCGGGGGUCAGUGUCCGAGUCGCUCAGCUUUGAGCAGAAAGAUCAGUGACAUUGAAAAAAGUUGAAUCAUAUUAAAACAAAAUAAAGUGAAAAUAGUGACAUCACAAAUUAAAAACUGUUUCAACUACACAUCAGAUUCUCACAUUUGAGAAACUGAAGCAUUAAAUAUUUUAUUAUAUUAUUUAAAUUAUUAUUUAAUAUAAUAUUAGUCUUGAAAAUGACAAAUAAUUCAUCGAUUAUCAAAAAACACUUUGAUCGAUUAAUCGUAUCCUGUAAAAAACUGAGCAGUGACGGACAUCGGACACCGGUUGGCGUCGGCCACCGGGCGGGUGGCGUCAGACAGCGAGACACCACCAGGUGGCGUCAGAGAGCAGCUGCUCGUUUGUAGAGUUCAUGGUUCCUUUUUUUUAAUGAAAGAUCCUCACAGUUUUUUUUUAUUAAUAUUGAUUUUAGUUCAAAAACAAUCGUCAACCUUUUCCAUGAAAAAUAAAAUGGUUAAUGGAACCUUGUUAAUCCUGAACGAUAAUCUUGAUUCACAUGAUCUGAAUCUGGAGUCAGAUCAUGUGAAUCCAGACGCUCGUGUUUCUGCUGUAAAUCUCUUCAGAACAGAAAAGAUUUUUCUUUUCAUUGGUUCAUUUCUCUGACUAAUCUGAUCGAUCGGUCGUUCACUGUUAGAAGAUGAUAUUUCUCCAGACUCCUCGAUUCUGUUUGUAACUUGAAAGUAAAUCAAAACUUGACCUUUGACUUUAAAGACCUCGUGCUCAACGCCUCUGGAAGGAGGAGCAGAGACGACGUCAUCAUCUCCUCGUCCACGUCAGUCGAGGAGGAGACGUCGGGUUUGACCUUCGCUGGGCAGUUUGACCUUCGCUGGGCAGUUUGACCUUCGCUGAUCAGUUUGACCUUCGCUGAUCGGUUUGACCUUCGCUGGGCAGUUUGACCUUCGCUGAUCGGUUUGACCUUUGCUGAUCGGUUUGACCUUUGCUGGGCGGUUUGACCUUCGCUGAUCGGUUUGACCUUCGCUGAUCGGUUUGACCUUUGCUGAUCGGUUUGACCUUUGCUGGGCGGUUUGACCUUCGCUGAUCGGUUUGACCUUCGCUGAUCGGUUUGACCUUUGCUGAUCGGUUUGACAUUUGCUGGGCGGUUUGAACUUCGCUGAUCGGUUUGACCUUCGCUGAUCGGUUUGACCUUUGCUGAUCGGUUUGACCUUUGCUGGGCGGUUUGACCUUUGCUGGGCAGUUUGAACUUCGCUGAUCGGUUUGACCUUCGCUGAUCGGUUUGACCUUUGCUGGGCAGUUUGACCUUCGCUGAUCGGUUUGACCUUCGCUGAGUCAUAUUUACUCACAUAUCCGGUAACAUUGUGUAUUUUCUCUGCGACGUGACGCCGAGGAGGAGUUUGUCUGAAAGCCUGAUCCUUGUAAAUAAAGUUUUUGUCAGAAGGCAUAUUGUCGUUGUGUGGCUCGUCGCAGCGUCGCUGAGCUUCAGGAAUCGUCGGCUCCUAAACGUUCGAGUGAAAUCUGAUUUAUUUAUUCUGUUGGUAGUCGUUUCCUGACCGACAAGUUUCUGUGAUUCAUUUUUUUGGGGCUUCACUGCGACAGGAAUGUUCGACCGCUGUACGUACUCUCCACUUCCUGUAAAUACUCUCCACUUCCUGUACAUACUGUCCACUUCCUGUACAUACUGUCCACUUCCUGUGAGGUUCUGGUCGUAAUGAAACUUUGACCCCGUUUACACCUGAUGUUCAAAUGUAUCAGAUGACACGGGAAGCAGCUGAGGAGUGAAGAGGAGAAGAAGCUUCACUUCUUCUUCUUCGUCUGAGACGUGAACUGGAGUCACUCACCUGUCGACACCAGGUGUGAACGUGAUCGGAUCAGAUUUGGUUCCAGGUGUAAACUGAGUCAUAAAACGUGUUUGUGUCACUUUUGAGGCGUAGAGACAAAAAUAAAUUCGAUUUAAAAACAGAA